AUGCUACGACUGAGGCGAUACAGGGUCUUUCUCCUGUCUGCUGCAGCUAUUGUGUUCGUCUUGUAUCGCGUCACCAAGAAUACCGAACAAUGGGAGGCCGUGUCUGGAUCCCUCCCGUACACCGGCGCCUUGCCGAAGUCACACCCCGAGCACGCAUACCGUGUAACCGAUAAAGCGGGAGCGCCCGCGAAGAGUGGCACGACCUUCCCCUACGAAAACGAUGAUCUCCCCCAACAUAUAUUCGAAAACGUUGGCGAAGACGAGAGUGCAGUGAAGAUCCCCGAUCUGAAACCCACCGAAGUCACCGUGGACGAUUUCGACCUCCCUAUCACGACCACCUUGCUCGACAUUCCACACAAGAACGUCCAAACCACCACGACCACCCCUAUCCAUUGGCAGAAGAUGCCCGAGAAUUUCCCUCUCGCCGAGAAUGAUUUUAUUCCGUUGCCGACGGGCAAACCCAACCCGAUCCCUGCUGUGCAAUACAAGUUCGAGAAAGAGGCGGCCACAGACCGGAUGGCGCGAGAGGAGCGCAAGGAAACCGUCAAGGCCGCGAUGCGACGUAGCUGGUCCGGGUACAUGACAUACGCACGCGGCCACGACGAGUUGAGUCCCGUAACCAAGAAGUUCCGAGAUCCGUUCUGUGGAUGGGCAGCAACUCUAGUUGAUUCGCUCGAUACGCUGUGGAUCAUGGACAUGAAGGACGAGUUUGAAGAGGCGCUGCUUGAGGUCGAGAAGAUUGAUUUCACCGUGUCUAACCGCUCCGAAAUACCCGUCUUCGAGACCACGAUCCGAUACCUGGGCGGGCUGGUAGCUGCAUACGAUGUCAGUGGUGGCAAGGCCGGUGGUUAUGAUAUUCUCAUGGAGAAGGCCAUCGAGCUUGCCGAGAUCCUGAUGGGGGUAUUCGACACGCCAAAUCGUAUGCCUAUCCUGUAUUACAACUGGAAACCUGCGCUCGCGUCGCAAUCCAAGCGAGCCGGAGCUAACGUCGGUGUUGCUGAGCUCGGGUCGCUCGCCAUGGAAUUCACGCGACUUGCGCAGAUAACACUAGAGAACAAGUACUAUGACGCAGUCGCGCGCAUCACCGAUGCCUUCUUCGAGUGGCAAGAGAGAGGGACGUCGAUCACGGGCAUCUUCCCUGAGCACGUCGACGCAAGUGGCUGCAAUCGCACCGCUGAGGCUGCCGUCGAGAGUCCCACUCUCGGGGAGGAGCAGAAGCAAAAGCCUCUACCGGAGUGUGUCUCGCAGGGGCUGUCUCCUGCUGGCUGGUCCGAACAAUAUGGCAUGGGUGGCUCCCAGGAUAGUACAUAUGAAUACUGGCCAAAGCAAUGGCUUCUUCUCGGUGGCCUCGAGCCCAAAUACAAGACCUUGCACCUCAAGACAGCUGAGGCAGUCAAGAAAUGGCUGCUCUACCGACCGAUGGUACCCGACGAUCGCGAUAUCCUUUUCUCGGCUAAGAUCACGACAAAGGGAGAGCCCGCGACGGACGCUCGUAGCGAAUUCGAGGUUACGCACCUCACUUGCUUCCUUGGCGGCAUGUUCGGCUUGGGUGGGAAGAUUUUUGACGUCCCCGCCGACGUGGAGAUCGGCAGGAAGCUCACUGAUGGCUGUGUAUGGGCGUACGAGAACACGCCAAGUGGCAUCAUGCCCGAGAUUGCGCACGUGGUGCCAUGUGCCGACCCCGACGACUGCCAUUGGAAUCAGACCAUGUAUGAGGAGUGGCUGGACCCGUUGUUCGACACGCGUGCUGCUCAAAUCGAAGACUAUAAGAAACACAAGGCAGAGCUCAAAAAACAAAAGGCUCAAGAAGAACGGGAAAAUCUUGUGCGUCAGGCGGCCGAAGCGAAGGUCACGAAGGCAGGGAGCCAUACGGACGACGAGGCAGAAGAAUUGCGCAAGGCUAGUCUGGACGACGAGGAAUCGGGUAGUGCUGGAGAACCGGUUCCGAAGGGUGGUCAUGGUCAGCGCAAGUCACCCGGAGUCCAGAGAAGAGCACCUACCUCGAAGAUCGAAACAUUAAGAGACGACGCUGCCGGAAGCGACACCGUGGCCGGGAAACGAGUGAAGGCAGAUUUGCUGAAAGCAGCUUUUGACUUGGAUGACGACAGUGACCCGGCCCCCAGCCUGACCGGUUUGGGCGGUAGCCAGGUGCCCCUUCGUGAAGCAGAGGAGGACGAAGCCGAAGACCCUGCGCGCCCGCUUUCGCAUGAGGAGUAUGUGGCAAGGAGGAUCAAGAACGAAAAGCUGCCUCCAGGUUUUGUCGAUGUGAACUCCAAGAGUUACAUAUUACGACCCGAAGCGAUCGAAUCUGUCUGGUACAUGUACCGCAUCACCGGUGACAAGUACUGGCAAGAAAAGGGGUGGAAGAUGUUCACCGCCAUCGCCAGCCAGACGUCGACAGAAGUGGGAAACAGCGCGAUUGAGAACGUCCUGAUUACGAAUUCCGAUAAGAAAAACGAGAUGGAGAGUUUCUGGACGGCCGAGACGCUGAAGUACUUCUACUUGCUGUACUCGGACCCGAGUCUCAUCAGCCUGGACGAGUGGGUACUGAAUACGGAGGCGCAUCCCUUCAAGCGGCCAAUAGCGGCGUUUGGUGUUUGA